GGAGGAGCUGUCGCGGGCAGCCGCCUUACAGCGAUGGCGGCCGAGCAGGGCCGGCCGUGGUGGCGGCUACGGUCGGAGACUGCAGUUGUGGCUGUAGCGGUGGGCGGCGGGAGCCUGUGACCGGGAACCAUCUCCGGAUCCGGGCACCAUGAGCCAAGGCCCCGCCGCAGGGGAGAGCAGCGAACCCGAAGCAAAAGUCCUUCACACUAAGCGGCUUUACCGGGCUGUCGUGGAGGCUGUGCAUCGACUGGACCUCAUCCUUUGCAACAAAACCGCUUAUCAAGAGGUGUUCAAACCAGAGAACAUUAGCCUGAGGAACAAGCUGCGUGAGCUCUGCGUCAAGCUUAUGUUCCUGCACCCAGUGGACUAUGGGAGGAAGGCUGAGGAGCUGCUAUGGAGAAAGGUAUACUAUGAAGUUAUCCAGCUUAUCAAGACUAACAAAAAGCAUAUCCACAGCCGGAGCACCUUGGAAUGUGCCUACAGAACACACCUGGUGGCUGGCAUUGGCUUCUACCAGCAUCUUCUUCUCUAUAUCCAGUCCCACUACCAGCUUGAACUGCAAUGCUGCAUCGACUGGACACAUGUCACCGACCCCCUCAUAGGAUGCAAGAAGCCAGUGUCUGCUUCAGGGAAGGAGAUGGACUGGGCACAGAUGGCAUGCCACCGAUGUCUAGUGUACCUGGGCGAUUUGUCACGAUAUCAGAAUGAAUUAGCUGGCGUAGACACCGAGCUGCUCGCUGAGAGAUUUUACUACCAAGCCCUGUCAGUAGCUCCCCAGAUUGGAAUGCCCUUCAACCAGCUGGGCACCCUUGCGGGCAGCAAGUACUAUAAUGUGGAAGCCAUGUACUGCUACCUGCGCUGCAUCCAAUCAGAAGUGUCCUUUGAGGGGGCCUAUGGGAACCUCAAGAGGCUGUUUGACAAGGCAGCCAAAAUGUACCACCAGCUGAAGAAGUGUGAGACUCGGAAACUCUCUCCCAGCAGGAAGCGAUGUAAAGACAUUAAGAGGUUGCUGGUGAACUUUAUGUAUCUGCAAAGCCUCCUGCAGCCCAAAAGCAGCUCCGUGGACUCAGAGCUGACAGCGCUUUGCCAGUCAGUCUUGGAGGACUUCAACCUCUGUCUCUUCUACCUGCCCUCCUCACCCAACCUCAGCCUGGCCAGUGAGGAUGAGGAGGAGUAUGAGAGCGGAUAUGCUUUCCUCCCGGACCUUUUAAUCUUUCAAAUGGUCAUCAUCUGCCUUAUGGGUGUGCAUAGCUUGAAGAGAGCAGGAUCCAAACAGUACAGUGCAGCCAUUGCCUUUACCCUGGCCCUCUUCUCUCACCUCGUCAAUCAUGUCAACAUACGGCUGCAGGCUGAGCUGGAAGAGGGGGAAAAUCCCGUCCCGGCGUUCCAGAGUGAUGGCACAGAUGAACCGGAGUCCAAGGAACCCUUGGAGAAGGAGGAAGAGCCUCCUCCCAUAGCACCCCACGUGGGCGAGGUCCGGAAGAACCGGAAGUUCUCCCGCCUCUCUUGCCUUCGCCGUCGCCGCCGCCACCGCCACCUGCCCAAAGCUGGUGAUGAUAGUGACCUGAGUGAGGGCUUUGAAUCUGACUCAAGCCAUGAUUCGGCCCGGGCCAGUGAGGGCUCGGACAGUGGCUCCGACAAGAGUCUUGAAGGUGGGGAGACAGCCUUUGAUGCUGAGACAGACUCGGAAAUGAACAGCCAAGAGUCCCGAUCAGACCUGGAAGACAUGGAGGAUGAGGAAGGGACACGGUCCCCUGCCCUGGAACCCCCUCGGGCUAAGUCGGAGGCUCCUGAAUCCCUCAAUGGCCCUCUGGGCCCCAGUGAGGCUAGCAUUGCCAGCAAUCUACAAGCCAUGUCCACCCAGAUGUUCCAGACCAAGCGCUGCUUCCGACUGGCCCCCACCUUCAGCAACCUGCUCCCCCAGCCCACCGCUGACCCUCACACCUUGGCCAGCCACAGGCCCUGUGUCAAUGGGGAUGUGGAUAAGCCCUCAGAGCCAGCCUCUGAGGAGGGCUCUGAGUCGGAGGCGAGUGAGUCCAGUGGGCACUCCUGUCGGAACGAGCGCAGCAUCCAGGAGAAGCUGCAGGUCCUGAUGGCUGAGGGCCUGCUUCCUGCUGUGAAAGUCUUCCUGGACUGGCUACGGACCAACCCCGACCUCAUCAUCGUGUGUGCUCAGAGCUCUCAAAGUCUGUGGAACCGCCUCUCUGUGUUGUUGAAUCUGUUGCCAGCUGCUGGCGAACUCCAGGAGUCUGGCCUAGCCCUGUGUCCCGAGGUCCAUGGGCUUCUUGAAGGUUGUGAACUGCCUGACCUCCCCGCUAGCCUGCUGCUUCCAGAGGACAUGGCACUUCGCAACCUGCCUCCCCUCCGGGCUGCCCACAGACGCUUUAACUUUGACACGGAUCGGCCCCUGCUCAGCACCUUAGAGGAGUCGGUCGUGCGCAUCUGCUGCAUCCGCAGCUUUGGCCACUUCGUCGCCCGCCUACAAGGCAGCAUCCUGCAGUUCAGCUCGGAGGUCGGCAUCUUCGUCAGCACGGCGCAGUCUGAGCAGGAGAGCCUGCUGCAGCAGGCCCAGGCCCAGUUCCGCAUGGCGCAGGAAGAAGCUCGGCGGAACAGACUUAUGAGAGACAUGGCCCAGCUGCGACUCCAGCUCGAGGUCUCUCAGCUGGAAGGGAGCCUACAGCAGCCCAAGGCCCAGUCAGCAAUGUCACCCUACCUCGUCCCUGACACCCAGGCCCUCUGCCACCACCUCCCCAUCAUCCGCCAGCUGGCCACCAGUGGCCGCUUCAUUGUCAUCAUCCCAAGGACAGUGAUUGACGGCCUGGAUUUGCUGAAGAAGGAACACCCAGGGGCCCGGGAUGGGAUCCGAUACCUAGAGGCAGAGUUUAAAAAAGGAAACAGGUACAUUCGCUGCCAGAAAGAGGUGGGGAAGAGCUUUGAGCGACAUAAGCUGAAGAGACAGGAUGCAGAUGCCUGGACCCUCUAUAAGAUCCUGGACAGCUGCAAACAACUGACUCUAGCCCAGGGGGCAGGUGAGGAGGACCCAGGUGGCAUGGUGACCAUCAUCACAGGCCUUCCACUGGACAGCCCCAGCGUGCUCUCGGGCCCUAUGCAGGCAGCCCUGCAGGCCGCUGCGCAUGCCAGUGUGGACAUCCAGAAUGUCCUGGACUUCUACAAGCAGUGGAAGGAGAUUGGUUGAGACUGAUUCCCAAGCCCUGCAGUGGGGCUGACUCCAGAUCUCUCCUGCCCUCUCUGGCUGCUGGGACCACCACCUGUAGUCACCCCACCACAGACUCCCGCACGCACUCAGGAAGGAAGCCCAGCUGCACACAGGCUGAGGGAGGGCCCAGGAGCCAGCUGGGAGGGUGGGCACCCCCUGUUGCCAAGACGACGUCAGGAAGUGAGGAAAGUAUUUGGAGCAGGAGAGGCCUGUGGGCCCCUAGUCAGCCUUCCUGCCUCAACCCUCCUGCUGUCCCCAGAGGCGGGUGGCAGGCGUGGGUGUGAGUUUCACUGGCGUGAUUCCUGGACCUCUGAGGGGAAGGGAUGCAGAAGAGGCCCUUCCUCGCCUAAGAUGGGGGGUGGUUGGGCUAGGAGUUUGGACCCCCCAUUCCUGGGGAAGAGGAGGCAGCACCAGGUAUCCGGGUGGUUUUCCGCAGACCCUGCCCUCCUCAGAGGCCACCCGUUCUCGUUUCCCCUUGUGGGGCUUGGGCAGCUCUGGAGCUUUGGGGACUCUUCAAGAAGAGGGGCCUGGAGCUGGCUGCACUGGCAGGGGAGCCGGGCUUGCAUCCCUCCCGUGCUGCUGGGGCUGCACACCCAGUUCCCCACUUCUGCUCUCCCUCUGCCUCGCUUCCAGGGCAAGGAGCAGGCCUCACCAGCUGUGGGCAGUCUGGCCUGUGUGCCAGUGCGGGUUCUUGUGCCCACCAGUCCCACAGUCACCGUGCUUUGUGCUCUUGGUCGCUGUGCUGCAACAGUGGGAUGCCAGUAAGAAGAGGGGGAUGCAGUCUGAGGCCACCACCCCCUUGACUAGAGAUAGGAGAGGCCUGAAGCUGCCCAGUCAGGGCCCUAAUCCUGAUGGGCUUCCCGCUUCGCCCUUCCCCAGGACCGAAGGCCUGGUGGGGCUGAGCAUGGGGCUAGCUCUUGGGAUGUGGAGGUGACUGUGGAAGCAGAGAUCAUGAAUAGCUCAGGACAGUGAAGGGAGCAGCAAGAGUGGGGCUGUGGGUGGGUGACUGGCCAGGAUGGCCUUGGCCCCUCCCCCUGGGGUUGAGGGUGGGGAUCUCAGCUCUGCUUUCCCUCACCCCAGCACUAGCCUAGCUUCCUGGGCUGUUCUCAGAGGAGAGCAGACAUCCUGCCUCCUUCCUCCAAGAUAGCAAGUCUGGGACAGCCUGGGAGAUAGGGUCACCCCCUCCCAAUCUCUGACAGACUGAGGCUAAAGCAUCAUUUAAUAAAGACCCCUGAAGCCCA